CAGGUCUGUUAUCAGCUCAUUGGCUGACAAAUAGCAGUAAAUAGCAGAGGAGAUGGGACUCCUGGGAAAACCCCCUCCUUACUCACAGUUUAGGAUAACCAAAGAUAAGAAGCUGUCACUUUGACAAUGCCACUGUAUCAUGUUCCAAUGAUCAAAUUAAAAUCUGAAGUCUCUAGGGUACUUGCUGACAGCAUGUGUUGACUUGGACAAUAAGUAAUGUGGUCAGCUGAUCUAUUUCAGAGAUGAAUACACUCAGGGAUGUCCAUCUUAAAUCAAUGAAAACCUGGCAAUAUAUUUGUCAAUCAUUUCUUUUGACUUUCGUGUGUGCUAAUGAUUCCAGUGGAUUCCUUACGCUGUGGUAUUCAUCAUAUGCAGUACCACAGGUAAACGUCUCAUUCACAAUAGACCGCUAUCCGUUGCCUGUGCUCCUCUCUCCUCUUUCCCCCCGCUCUCAUUGUAUCAUUACCCCUCCUUCCAUUUCCUAUGUCCUGUGCUGUUGUCAUGACCACCGUUGUCAAGGAGAGGUCCUACUCACAAGGAAACUCAAACCGCUGAUCUUGUUGCCAUAUUUAAUUCAUCAACAUAGGCACGCCAAGGUUCAAUGAUGUAGUGAGCAGAAAUAAAAAAUAAUUGGUUCUCCAUCACAAUCACAGUUGGGCUAUUGGCCAGUAUACACAGUUACACCUGUAACUGACGUCAGCCGUAAAGUGUAAAUCCAUUGAUAUAAUCCAUAAAGUGGGAUAUCCACCAUUGCAAGACCAGUUAUUUGUGGCCAUAGACAGUUUAUUUUCAUCCGAGAGUGAAAGAAUCAAACUACCUCAAUUUAUACAUUUUAUAAAUGAAAUGUUUGAGUACAUUUUAAUAGUACUUGUUUAGGUAACACCACUGCUCCGUUCCCUUUUGAUGGAAAGUGAAUGCUUACAGCUGGUGUUCAGCUUUGUAGUCCGGUUCAUUCUGCUCACACAACAUUCACUCCACCUAGCCCCCUUUUCAGCCGUCUCUUCCUUCUGCUGCAACCCCCCCCCAGACAAAAAGCAGAGUUGUAAAUGCUCCUUUAGAGACGCGUAGAGCAAAGCAGAGCAUUUAAGCCCCGUUGUAGAGGCCCCCUGGAUUGUCUUUGUGUUAAUUGAUCCACCUACAGAUAUCUCUCUCUCCCUCCUCCUGUACUGUCUCGUUCCCUCUCUUUCGCUCUUUCCAGGCACAGUGUUGCUCUCACAGGUUGACAGUAAACUGAGGUUGUUCUGAAGAUGGGAGGGAUGGACUUACUAUUCCACUUACCUGGCAGUCUAAGUGGUCUUGCCUAUUAUCAACCCUAACAACCGGAUUGGACUGACCCAAUUGGGUUUGCGUGCGGGGGGGGGGGGGGGCAGCAAGCUGAACCUGCGUUGAGUCUGAAGUGGCCUCGGCAGGCUGAGCCCAUUGUGACGAAGACACUUCAGCAGGCGCCAGUGGCAGCUGAGGUCUGCCGCUUCAUUUUCCAAGGUCUUGUUCUCCAAGACACCGUAACACCAUUUAAGCUGUAGCGAUGAAACAUUUUUGCAUCAACCAUCAAGCUUUGGUGCAUUUGGAGGCAUAGUUUGGAUGCACUUGGACAAAGGCCAGAAUUGGACCAAGCCUUAUUUGCGCUUUAUCAAGACAUUGGUCUUUUUGUUUACCUUCUGUGGACCUUUUUUUGCUCAUAGGACUGUAUCAGUUGUUUUUGACUUAUAGCGAGAACAUACAUCUUCAGCGACGUCCCUUGAUCGAGUAUCAGGUUUUAUUGGCAUGACUCAUCUAGGUAAGGCCACACCAAACCUGUGGGGUAAUGGACACUUUUCCUGUAAUCAGCAGCUUGGGUUAGUGUGAGGUUACAGGGCCAGAGCUGCUGACAUCCAAUUGUACCCUACCCACAAACCCACUGGGCCUGAUGGUGACGUUUCUGAAGCUCAAUCAAUCGAAAAUAGGGGAGCUGCCACAAAUGGCUGCACACUUAUUGGUUCUUAAAUAAUUAAUCUGUUCAAUAGACAAGAGGGAGGAAAGCAAUUGAGUCUUCUCUCCCUCUACCACCACCUGUCACUCCGAUCACUGGGGGGGAAACCUCAAGUUAAAAAAAAAAAAAAAGCUAAAUUGAAGACAUCUGACCAGAUGUUGAAAAGAAACGGAGACAUAAGAAGCUUGAGAAAGGAAAGUAGUUUCAGAAAAGGACAGUGAGUGACUCAAAUUCAGGAUUGUGAAAGGCCCAGAGCAGGCAGUAAAGAAGUGGGCCUUGAAGGGAGAAAGAAGACAGACAAGGGUAAAGGUCAGUUUCAGGUGGUCAGAAGACAUCGAGAGCAGCCAUCAUGGUCAACACAGGCAUGCAAUUGAUCAGCUUCACCUGUGCGGUAACAGGCUGGGUCAUGGCCAUCGCUGUGACGGCCUUGCCUCAGUGGAAGGUGUCCGCCUUCAUCGGCAGCAACAUCCUCACCUCUGAGAUCAAGUGGGAGGGCAUCUGGAUGAACUGCAUCUACCAGACCACGGGCCACAUGCAGUGCAAGACCUACGACUCCAUUCUGGCUCUGCCCCCGGACCUCCAGGCAGCUCGUGCCCUCAUGUGUGUGGCCAUCUUCCUGGGCUGGCUGUCCUGCACAGUGUCCUGCUGUGGCAUGAAAUGCACCACGUGCGCUGGGGAUGACCGUCGCGCCAAGGCAGGCAUCGCCCUCUCUGGCGGCGUGCUAUUCAUCCUGACGGGCCUGUGCGUGCUGGUGCCUGUCUCCUGGACCGCCAACACGGUGGUCCAGGACUUCUACAACCCCAAAGUGCCUGUCAUGUACAAGCGAGAGCUGGGCCAGGCGAUCUACCUGGGCUGGGCAUCUGCGGUUAUUCUGAUGAUCAGCGGGGCCGUGCUGAGCAGCACCUGCCCCCAUAUCGAGAGCGGAGGACGGGAGUACCGCCGGGGAUACAUGGGCCGGAGCUUUCCUAACACGCGCCCCUCCCCCCUCGCACCUGAACCUCCCAAACCUAUCACCUCCAACAGCAUGCCCCUAAAGGAAUAUGUGUAGUCCAGAGAAAAGAUGUGAAGAAGAAUGGCAACAGGUUGGAGUAUGGGAAGAAGCAAGGUUGCGAACGAGAAGUGGAAGUAGAAGGCUGGAGAAGGGGAAAAACUCUGACUGUAGUGGAGGUGAGGUGUUGUGACUUGGAAGGUUUUGAAGGUGUGAAGCAUUAGAUUUGAAACUCUACUCUGCAGUUCUCUCACGUUCUUCUACCGUGAUGCAUUUUGAUGUACUGUAAAUAUUUAUUUAAAAUGUAUUUUUUCAACUAAGUGUGUGUGUGUGUGUGUAUAUAUAUAUUUUAGACUGUUUCCAUCAUUAUCUGCCUCAUGUAUUGGCUUAUUGACUUUAUUACACUGUGAUAUUUGGUAUUAGUGCAUGGACAGAUCACAAUACUCUACCUGGAAGACACGACAUCAAUCCCCAUAAACAUCUUUAAGACAUUAUGGUUUUGUGACUUGUGGUGUGAAGAUUGGAGUGAUUUCUUUCUUUCACAAUUCUUCUCAGAUGACUAUUAAAUCUGUGAAAUAAUUCAGUCUCGGCACUACUUCCAUUGAGUUCGAAUAAGUCAAAAUUGUGAAAGAAUAAACUGAUUAUUCCAAGAGUAUUUUAAUAAGUUUGAACUUUUUCCUACCAUAUGUUUUAGUUCAUGACAAACGGAUGGUGUUUUGUAGUUUGCCCAGAAUAUUGAAGGUGUCGUUAUGUGCUCAAUGUUCAGCUGUGCACAACUCCAAACAGAAAGUGUUCCCUUUGGACAUAGUGAUGGAUCAAUCUAGCCCUCUUAUAAGCUGUUUGGAAUUCCUGU